AAGGCCGCUCAUAAAAAGGCCCCUCCCAGGGCCGGAGGGGGCCCCUUAAGUGGCUCUUCCCGAGGGCCCCCGCCACGCCGCCACCCAUGCACGCUCCCCUGGCCCUCAAUGGCCCUUACAGGGUCUACCCCACCGGGGUGGUGAGCGGGCCCGGCUACGACCGCUAUUAUUGGCACGCCACCCCCCAGAAUGGGGCGACCGAGCCGGCGCCCUCCUCGGAGGGGUUCCCCACCCAAGAAGCGGCCUCGAGCGGCCCGGAGGAGAAGGCGCCCGACAAUAACCCAGACAUCUCUCCAAAGUCUCCCAGUUCUGGAGCGCUCAUGUUUUACACUCCUGACUCUGCCACCAGCCCCAACAGACAUCCCCUUUCUCCAAAGCUGACUUCUACGCCUCAGAGACCCAAGGAAGAUAGUUCCGGGGGCAGAAAGGUCAAAACCCGCACAGCUUUCUCUCAAAAGCAGCUCCAGAUCUUGCACAGCAGAUUCCAGAGUCAGAAGUACCUCAGCCCACAACAGAUCAGAGAACUGGCCACAGCACUGGAACUCACCUACAAGCAGAUAAAGACAUGGUUUCAGAAUCAGCGGAUGAAGUUUAAGCGAACCCAAAAGGAAACAGUGUGGAUCAGGAAAGGAAUGUGUCAACCUCAGAACAAUUAUCUGGAUAUAAAUCCUAGUUACCAUGAAAGUUACAGCAUUGCAGAUGGUCGGAACCUCCACCCGUUGGCCAGCAUGCACGAGAACUACGCUGGCAACGUGCCCUACGGAAACAGCCAGAACUACGGCGGUGGUGACCACCAGAUCUAUGGGAGCCCCCAGAAUUUCUACCCAGUUGUGAGUGGUGAGGAGGGGAACUUCUUUGGGAAAACUCCUGGGCCCUCCUACAGCCAACAGGCCAUCAGCUAUAUCAGUCAGCAAAAGAUGAACUUCUGCCAUGGCUUCUCGGCGAGUGUGGAGUAUGCUGCUGUGAAGGUGGAGGAUGGCUAUCCCUUCCCAAAUGUAUCUGCUACUGCAGCCGCCGCCUUGCCCGGCUCCUCCAUCCUCCAACAUUAUCAGUCACCUUUGCAGCCUCAAGGGGCACAGAGCAACUGCCUCCCCUAGCCUCUUUUUUGUGACUUUCUCCCUCAAGAGCCUUCAGUUGGAAAGACAGCAGAAUCUUACCUCCAUCACCUCCCUUCCUUCAGAUCCAGCUAGUAUGAGCAAAGAGAUCUCGGCACUUUACAGCUUUUCCCCUGCUCCUUUUCUGCCUUCAGGAACAAUUUUCUGUACUUGUUCUGAACUUUUACCUAGAUCAACCCUGGCUGGCUCCAGGGAAAAGGAACUAUAGGUGAGCAGCGGGCAGUGGAAGGAUAUUUUGGUGAAGAGAGUUGUAAAGAGACAAGAAUUGGCCUAUGUAUGGUUGGCCUUUGCUGCCCUCACUUCUUGCUUGCCUGCUGUGCAGGCAAUAAAGCUCAGCAACCAACAGAACAGGAGCAGAGGGAACCUUCCAUUCUCUUUCUCCCUACCAAUCACUUUAUUCUGGGUCUGUCUCUCUUUGAUUUUUUUUUCAUUAAUUAGCAUGUACCUCUAGAGGCAAAGAUGCUAGUAGGUGUGGAUUUAAAAUUCGGUCCCAAUAUUUUCAUAAUACCUCCAUAUGCAGACCUGUUAAGACCAUGGUGAGCAAAGGAGGACAGGACUCUUGGCCUGGGGUAACAUUUGGUAGCUUGUUGCAUAAGCACAGUUUUUCUUUUUCCUUACCUCUGCAUGACUGGUUACAGCUAUUAAAAACUUCUUUUUCUGCCUCUGCUCAGUUUUGAACCAACUCCCGGAAUCCCAUCGCCAGUGUUGCUACUGGAGUUGACGCUCACAAAAUAACUUUUCUGGCUAGCCUGAAGAAUAAAGUAAGAAGAACAUGUCAUCCCUACACCCUACAGCAGUGGUUCCCAACCUUCGGUCCCCAGAUGUUCUUGGACUACAACUCCCAGAAAUAGUGGCCAGCGCAGCUAAUGGUAAAG